UGCAGCAUGUUGGGAGCCUGACGACAUGUAAUGUCACAUGUUGACAGACAGAAAAUCAGACGACAGAAACGAUUCGAAUCCCUCUCUGAGCCCGCCAUUCGGACAGCCCCGCCAAACCUGACGAACAACGGCAUACCUGUCAUACCUGCUUAUUGUUCGAAAUGGUGACGUCACCACAGGAAGCAGCAAACCCCAUCAUUACUCACUCUUGAUUGAGGACAGCGUCAGAGACAACACGGUCGCCAUAUUGUUGUGAUCGUUGCAAAGAAACAGCUCUGACUCUGCUGACAGACAGUCAGACUCACAAGACUCAAGCCAAUAGCAGGUCACCUGAUAACAGAAAAACCGUGACGGGAGGGGUCAGGCAAGUUUGGAGAGGACGCCAUAAGACAGCGAGACAACAUGGGAGCCGGAGGAACCAAGGGAAAGGACACUGCUCCAGCCACCAAGCUGGCCAGACAGAGCGUCGAAGUCAAGGGAGAUGAGUACGCUAAGAUGUCCUGUCACAACCAGGACGGGAAGCUGGUGGAUCAUUACUUUGACGACGUGAGGACCCUGCACCAGGCCUUCAUGAGGGGCGUGGGGCUAAACAGGAACGGACCGUGCCUGGGAUGGAGACCGGGAGUGUUGGCUCCCUAUGAGUGGAUGACGUACCACGAGGUGUACACCAGGGCCUAUAACUUCGGAUCAGGUGUGGUACACAAGGGUCUGCAGCCUGGCACCAAAACCUCCAUGGGUAUAUUCUCUCAGAACAGACCAGAGUGGGCGAUCGCGGAGCAGGGUUGUAACAUGUUCUCCAUCGUGGUCGUGCCGCUGUACGACACUCUGGGUGCCGAGGCCGUCCAACACAUCAUCAACCAAGCGGAGCUCCGCACGGUGGUUUGCGACGUUCCCGCCAAGGUGACCAAACUUCUGAGUUACGCCGACGGCGCGGCUGACAACAUCCUGGAACGCAUCAUCGUUAUCGAGCCGAUCACGAACGAAGAGACCCUAGCACAGGCCGAGGAGCUGGGGGUCGAGAUACUCACAUUCAACGACGUUGAGCAAAUGGGAGCCAACAAUCCGCAGACUAAAUUGCCUCCCAAACCAGAAGACCUGGCAACAAUAUGCUACACCAGUGGAACUACAGGAACUCCCAAAGGGGCCUUGCUGACACACAGUAACCUCAUUGCCUGUAACAGCGGGAUCUUACACGCAUGUCAGCGCUACCUGAGCUUCAACAAAGACGACGUCCACAUCUCCUACCUUCCCCUGGCACACAUGUUUGAAAGACAAGCACUGACUCUGCUCUUCUCAGUGGGAGCGAAAGUCGGCUUCUUCACAGGAGACAUCAAACUGCUGGCAGAUGACAUGAUGGCGCUGAAGCCCACCUUCUUCAUCACCGUGCCCAGACUUCUCAACAGGCUGUACGACAGGGCAUGGACACUGGUCCAGGGAAGCGCUUUCAAGACAAAAAUGCUGCAUAAAGCCCUCAACGCGAAGAAAGAGCUGCUGAACAAAGGAAUAUGUAGGAACGACACCAUAUGGGACACACUGAUCUUCCGCAGAGCUAGGGCCCGAACAGGCGGGAAUGUGCGGUUCGUGGCGGUCGGUGCCGCGCCGUUGUCAGAAGAGGUCCUCACGUUUGCGAGAUGCCUGUUCGGCUGCACCGUGUUGGAGGGGUACGGUCAGACCGAGUGUGCGGCAGCAGCAACAACCACCAUGAUAGGCGACUACACCACCGGUCACGUGGGCGCACCGAUCCAGUGCACCAUGAUCAAGCUUGUGGACGUGCCAGAGAUGGACUACUACGCCAAGCAACAGAAAGGAGAGGUUUGCUUCAAGGGUCCGAACGUGUUCCAAGGUUACCUGAAGAACCCAGAGAAGACGGCGGAGGCGCUCGACUCGGACGGCUGGCUGCAUACUGGGGACAUCGGAGCCUGGCUGCCGUGUGGACAAUUGCGGAUCAUUGACAGAAAGAAGGACAUCUUCAAGCUUGCACAGGGAGAAUACAUCGCGCCGGAGAAGGUUGAGAACGUGUACGUCAGAAGUCCGCUGGUGGCGCAGGUCUUUGUGCACGGCGUCAGCAUCAAGUCAAGCCUGGUCGCCAUCGUUGUCCCUGACCCGGAUGUACUACCCGGCUGGGCUAAGACCAACCAAAGCAUCGAGGGGGACAUGGAAACACUCUGUGCUAACAAGGAUAUCAAGGACGCCAUCAUGGCUGAUCUCAACCGUAUGGCGAAGGAAGGGGGACUAAAGUCUUUUGAACAGGUGAAGCAGAUCCACCUGCACCACAAGCUGUUCACUACUGAAGAUGACCUUUUGACCCCGACCUUCAAGCUCAAACGACCCCAGGCCAGGAAGUACUUCGCCAAGGAGCUGGAAGAAAUCUAUGCCUUGGUGCCUUGAAGAUUAACAUUUACGUUAUGAUGUAAUGCUACUAUUGAGUACUCGAUCACUACUGAGUAACUGGUAGCAUUUCAGUAACAAUACAGUGAUGUAGUCUUCCCCAUUACUAUUGUAAUGUUAUUGUUAGACAUAACUUUCAUUAACUCCAUUUCCAGUCUUCAGCAACUAAUGUACACUGCUGAAACUUAGACUACAGCAUCCUAUGGAAACUAAGCAGUAAAGUAGCAGCCAUAAAGUGGUAGGAAUGUAAUACUGAUUGAAUUUGACACAUUUCACUCAAAUUGCUAGAAUAUGUUGGUGCCUAUUGUAUAUACACUCCUGAUCCCAUGAGUUUCAUGUCCAGAAGUGCCUUAAAUUCAGCACAUUGUCAUAUUUGCAUACUGGGGUUUUGGUGGACUCAUUAUAUUGGAGAAAUCUCAGGUCUUCUAGAAUAAGAUUAAAAGCUUUACAAACAUGUAAUACUAAUGUCACAUAUUAUGCGUGAAAAGUUUAAUUUCAGGGUGACAAUUCCUGGUUAUGUGUGUUAUGGAUAAAAAUAAUGAUAAUGGCAACAUUGGGUGAUCAAAGGAAGCAGUUCAUACUUUUGUACUUGAGUAAUCUGUUUUUAAAGUUGUUAAAUGACAUUAGACAGAUAUGUACGUAAUUUACGAUGAAUGUAUAUUAGUCAAAUCAUAACUUAGGUGACGUGUUUGUGUGUCUUUUCCUUUCUUUCAAAACCUGAAGUUUAUGUUGGGAUUGGCAGUUUACACUAUCACUGUAUAGAAUCAGGCAUGCAGCAAUUCAUUUUGCUUUACUAACUUAUAAAGUUGUUGCGGCAAACAAAGUA